CGGCCAAAGCGAUAUAUAAAUAUCUGUAGCACUCUGAGACGUUCCGUUUUGCCGAGGCGUCAGCGAGGAGGUUGCUGCAGGAGACGACGACAUGAUUUUAAUGAUGAAGUAUGUUUCUGUGGUGGCCAUUUUGUAAACCAUCAGACGUUGGCCUCCCAGCCAGGUGAAGUAACUUCCAGUGGUGGCCAUUUUGAAAACCAUGAGGCGUUGGCCUUCCAGCUAGGUGAAGUCACAGCUUAUGGUGGCCAUUUUGUAUACCAUGAGACGUUGGCCUUCCAGCCAGGUGACGUAACGUCCUGUUGUGGCCAUUUUGUCAACCAUCUUACGGACGUCUCAGCCAGGUGAAGUAACUUCCAGUGGGCGCCAUUUUGUAAACCAUGAGAUGUUGGCCUUCCAGCUAGGUGAAGUAACUUCCAGUUGUGGCCAUUUUGUAAACCAUGAGACGUUGGACUUCAAGCUAGGUGGAGUUGCAGCCAGAUUCAUACAGUCAUAGUCUUAUACAUGGACACCGCAUGGAGCGCUGAAUCUUAUGUUGACGCCAUAAUGGAUGUGGGAAGAGCAAACUGACAUGUUGCCUCAUUCAAAGAUGCCUCAUUCAUGUUCUGCAUGGAAUUGUACCAACCGGUUUACAGUCCAAACCAGAUCUAACGGGAUUAGCUUUCACAGGUUUCCCAAAAAUAAAGAGCUGAGAAAGCAGUGGCAAACGGCUGCCAAACGGGAGGGGAUUUCUGGAGGUCCGUCAUCUAUGCUCUGCAGUGAGCACUUCAGACCGGUGGAUUUUGACAGGACAGGUCAGACAGUCAGGAUAAGAGAUGGAGCUGUUCCUUCAAUAUUCAGUUUCCCGGCUUACCUCCUCAAGGGCCCAUCCUCAAUUGUGGCUACCAGAAUGUCUCAGACCUCACAGAAGGCAUGUAAAACCCUGUCACUGGACUGUUCCCAGCUUGUCCAAGAGACCAAACCCCUGCCUGUGCCCAGUGUUGACCACUCCUAUGCUCUGCCUUCAUCACAUGAUCUGAGGGCCAGACUCAAGAAAGCCUUGGAUAGGGUGGAGAGCCUGGAAAGAGAGAUGAGGAACGCCAAGGACAGAGAGAGGAGGGCAAAGAACGCUGUGAGUGGUCUUCUGGACGAUCUUAGGGUGAAGAAAGUAAUAAAUGAAGAGUUGAAGGAGCAGCUCGAUAUAUACUCAGAUCUUCCAAUACACCUCCUGUCAAAACAGAGUCAUGAGUACACCAAAGACCAGAGGGAUUUUGCCAUCAAUCUCCACUCACAUGGUCCGACUGCAUACAGCUAUCUGAGAGAGACUCUUAAUUUCAACCUCCCACAUCCACAUACGUUGCAAAGGUUAACUUAACUCCCUGUGGUGGCAUUUGGUAAACCAUCAAAUGUGGGCCUUCCAAGCAGGUACAUACACACUUUUUUAAAAUUAAUAUUCAGUUUUGUCGCUGUGAUGACGUCUUUUCCUGCCAUUCGUAGUUUCCACCAGAGGUUAUCACCAAAGAUGGUUUAAUUCUUCCUUGGAUGUCUGAGCGAGGGAUGCCAGCAUGGCUUUUUUUUUUUUUUUUUUUUUUUCCACUGAACACU